AUCCAUAAUUACUCAAAUCCAGACCCACAAGUAGAAGAUACAGGCAACUUCAUUUCAUUACAAAAGAGUUUAUUUAAACAGCUGAAAGAAGAAGAACGAUCAAAAAUUUCUAGGAUCGCAUUUUUCUCCCUGAAGGAUGAUAAGCUAUAUAGGGUAAUACAACACUCCAGGACCAAAGCAAUACUAAAAUUAACAGUCACAUUAUUGCCGCAGAUGUUCCUAACAUUCAAAUAACCAGCCUCGAUGAACCAGUUAAUAUCUCAUUCGGACCAAUAGAUCAGGAUGCCACCAACCCACGGUGUGUCUUUUGGGAUGAAUCUCCCGGACAGGAUCCCAAAUGGUCGACAGAAGGCUGUAAUAUGUCCGAGUAUGUACCUGGAAAGAAAGUACUUUGUUCUUGUAACCAUCUGACAAGUUUUGCCCUAUUAAUGAAUGUCUACCAGAAAUCGGGGGAAACUAGUCACCUCUUAUCUAUGACAUCUUACAUUGGCUGCGGAAUAUCAUUUAUCUGCCUCAUUCUUACAAUAAUAAUUCAUGUUUGUUGCAAAAAUCUAUGGAAAUUAAUGGCUUCAAAGAUUUUAAUAAACUUGUGCGUUUCUUUGGCUAUCACUACUUUGAUCUUUCUUGUUGGGAUGCAACCGUAUGCCUCAAAAAAAUUACCUGCUUGUAAGGCCGUGGCUGCUCUGUUACACUAUUUCCUUUUGACUUCUCUGAUGUGGAUGGCAGUCGAAGCACUUCAUGUUUUUCUGGCUGCGGUUGUUGUAUUUAAAACAUUUCAGUCACAUUUUCUGCUGACGAGUUCAAUUGUGGCCUGGGGUGUUCCAGGUGUGAUUGUCAUAAUUACUCUUGUAAUUAACGACACGAACAAUUACGUUAGAAUUGAACAAGUCUGUUGGUUAACCAAGGGACCUUUCUAUGCCGCUUUCCUGGCUCCCGUGGCCAUCAUCCUCCUCUUCAACCUUACCAUGUUCUUCCUCGUCAUCUUACGACUCAUCUCAAUGCAAAGGGACAAACACUUCCAACACGAAACAAGAAAACCACGUAUUUUGGGUAUCGUUGGUUUGAUUUCCCUGUUUGGGUUGUCCUGGGUCUUAGCAUUCCUCGCUUUUGGCGAAGCAGCUCAAGUGUUUCAAUUACUCUUCGCUAUCUUCAAUACCCUUCAAGGAAUGUUUAUUUUCAUAUUCUACUGUAUAUGCAAGAAAGAUGCCAGAGAUGUCAUUUGUCCGUGUUUACGUAAAGGAAAGAAAGAAAACGCCAGAAAACGUGUAGAACCAAUACAAACUUCAGAAAAUUCCAGAACAGCAGAAACGAACGCAUAAAUGGAAAUAUAAAAACAAAUGUCUGUGAAUUGACAGAAAAAAGAAACAUUGAUGAGAAUAAUAACGUCGAUAAUCCACCAAAUAUAUAAUCUACUUU